AUGGUACAGGUUCACAAACUCACAGCAGAGACUCUUCUCGGAGCUCCAAGAAGAAGUGCUGCGACACCGAACCACAAUGGCCAACUCGCCCUCUACAAUGUGUCGACCCACAGGUUUGGUGGCAAGACGGUCAAAGAGGUCCGGGUCAUGGACCUCAAAACUCGCCAGUCAUUCCAGAUAUCAGAUGAUGACAAGGUCCACGACGCAGUUUGGAUCCCCGGCACUGACUAUAUACUGUACUUGAAAUCUGGAGACAAAGGGCGAACCCUAGCCGUCGUUGUCAAUGGCGUCGACCGUUCCAGCGAGCAAAGCACCGUUGCCGAGUUCGAUGCACCGAUCCAAAAUCUUAAAUUGAAGCGCCUCGAUGAUGGAUCUUUCGUCUUCAUGGUUACGGGUCAGGUGGAUAAUGAUGGACUUCUUUACAACGAGGAGGCUCACGACAGACCCUCAACUGGACGUGUUAUUGACGCCGCACAUAUACGAACUUGGACAUCAUUACAAAAUAGACAGCCUUACAGUCUGUGGUAUAAUAAGCUGCAACAGGACGAGUCUGGAAAGUGGAAGAUCGCCGGUCAUCUUCUCAAUCUGGUCAAUAACAAUCAGCUUGAUGCACCCGCAGGCAUCUUAGACGUCGGGGACCCUCUAGGAAACUUUGAUAUUUCUCAUCGAGGUGCAGUCUUUAUUGCCAGCGACCGGGCAGUCCUUGAUCCUGGAGAAGGCGCUGUCAGCUCGGCAUAUUUUGUGCCACUGGAUUCUUUUACGCUACCUCCCACGGGAAACCCCAAGCCAAUAUCAUUGCCAUCUGGCGUAAAUGCGUGCAUCAUGUCUAAUAUUCGAUUCUCUCCUGACGGUUCAAUGAUCGGGUUCCUCCACAUCCCACGCGGGGAUGAAUAUGGCUCUCGUCUGUUCCUGGCUUCGACUAAUUCGCUUGACGCCUUUGACGCCUUUAGUCUUGUGACAAGAACUUGGGACGACUCUGACAAUGAACAUGACCCUCCGAAAGGCUUCGAGUUCGCUGGUGAUUCUGAAAAUAUCAUCAUGACUAGUUCAAAAUGCGGUCGAACUGUUUUGUCGAAGCUUAGGCUUCGAGAUGGGGAGCGACCACAUGUAAUUUUCAAAGACAACAGUUCAUCCGCAUACUACCCACUUAGAGAUAACAGUUGGGAUGAAAUUUUGGUUUCAGGUUCAAGCUUCAUCGACAGCAGUGUAUGGCACAUUGUGGAUGUGUCUGGAGUGACGCCCACCCAAAUUGUUUCGUCAGCAACGAAAGGCGGUACAAAGUUUGGAUUGUCUCAAAAGAUGGUCACUGAGAUCUGGUAUGAGGGCGCGGAUGAUGUCUGUGUUCAUUCCUUCAUAAUACGACCAAGCAGUUUCGAUGAGAACAAGAAAUAUCCUUGGGUACUAAUGCCACAUGGGGGGCCGGUAUCGUCUUGGGAUGACGCUUGGAGCACUAGAUGGAAUAUGGCUGCCUGGGCAGAGCAGGGCUAUAUCAUUGUGUGUCCCAAUAUCACUGGCAGUGUGGGCUACGGGCUCGAAUUUGCAAGAAAGAUCAAGGGAGAGUGGGGUGGUCGACCGUUUCAAGAUCUCCUGAACUUGAUGUCUUACUUAGAAACGCUACCGUAUCUCGACCAAAAGAAAGCCGUGUUGGCUGGAGCCAGCUAUGGGGGUUACAUGGUGAGCUGGAUGCUAGGGCAUGAGAUUAUCAACAGAUUCUGCUGUGCGAUCUGGCAUGACGGAAUAUUCAACCUCCCCUCGUUCUUUUUGCAAUCAGACUUUUUAUAUGAAGCCGGCUAUUUCGAAGGCGCUCAGUACCCUUGGCAACGUCCCAAUGCUUUCGAACGGUUCAACCCAGCUCGACCGGAGCUAUUGCGAAACUGGAAAAAAGCACCACCGACGCUCGUAAUCCACAGCGAGAAGGACUACCGAUGUCCUAUUACCGAGGGUAUAGCAACUUUCAACACACUACGAGGAAAUGGUGUGCCCAGCCGAUUCUUGACAUUUCCAGAUGAGGGACAUUGGGUUCUUAAUCCGGAGAACUCACUGGUAUGGCACAACACAGUGUGGGACUGGAUAAAGAGGUGUGUAAAUGGGGAGAUUAAAAGAGGAGAUACGAAAUGGUGA